AUGGCCUUUGAGGCACUGGCCAAGGAGGUGCCCACAGCUAAGCUGACGCAAGUAUCUGGUCCACCUGGCACAGGCAUCACUCCGCUGGAAAAGACUGAAAAGCUAGUGCUGGAAGAAACUGCAUUUGAAGAAAUUGAAAGGGAUUUUCAGGAGGUUCUCAAUGAACUUUCAGGGGAUAAAAGUCUGGAGAAGUUUCGGAUUGAAUAUGAGAAGCUUCAUGCUGUAAUGAAGAGGUCUUACGACAAUGAGAGGCGUCUGCUGGCCAAAUGCAGAGAGCUAAAUGCGGAGAUUGUGGUUAACUCUGCGAAGGUCGCCACUGCCCUGAAGCUCUCUCAAGAUGAUCAGACCACCAUUGCAUCCCUGAAGAAGGAAAUUGAAAAGGCCUGGAAGAUGGUGGACUCAGCCUAUGAUAAGGAGCAGAAGGCAAAGGAGACGAUUCUUGCGCUGAAAGAGGAAAUAGUGAACUUGAGCAAGCUAGUCGAGCAAGGAUCUGGACUGUCAAUGGACCAGGAUAGCAAUAUCCGAGAUUUACUGAAGUUCAAAGAAGAAGUAACGAAAGAGAGAGACCAGCUCUUGACAGAAGUGGUGAAAUUACGAGAGUCCUUAGCUCAGAUCACUGAGCAGCAGCAAGACACGGAGCGAUCAAGAGAUGAGGCAGAGCAAACCAUCAGUCAGUUCCAACAAGAAAUCCAACUACGCCAGAACGAAGCUUCGCGAGAAUCUCGGAAGAAGGAAAAACUAGAGAAAGAGCUUAAGCAGAUUCAGACGGACAUGGACUCCAAGCAAUCGGAAAUUAAGGCUCUUCAGCAGUACGUGCAGAAAAGCAAGGAGGAGCUCCAGAAGCUGGAGCAGCAGCUGAAGGAGCAGAAGAUACUGAAUGAGAGAGCUGCGAAGGAACUGGAGCAGUUUCAGAUGAGAAAUGCUAAACUUCAGCAGGAGAACGAACAACACAGUUUGGUUUGUGAGCAGCUUUCCCAGGAAAACCAGCAGAAGGCGUUGGAGCUCAAAGCCAAAGAGGAAGAAGUCCAUCAGAUGCGCCUUGACAUUGGGAAGCUCAACAAAAUAAGAGAACAAAUCCAUAAGAAGUUGCACCAGAUUGAAGAUCAAAAGGCUGAAGUGGAACAACACAAGGAAACCCUAAAAAAUCAGAUUUUAGGAUUGGAGAGAGAGGUGGAGGCUUCAAAGAAACAAGCAGAACUUGAUAAGAAAGCAAUGGAUGAGCUUCUGAGAGAAAGGGACAUAUUAAAUAAGAAUAUGCUUAAGGCGGUCAGUGCGACCCAGAAACAGAUAGACCUGGUGAAGCUCCAUGAGCAAGCCAAGAGGAACCUGGAGGAAGAAAUCCAGAAUUACAAGGAAGAGGCUCAGAAACAGAGAAAGAUCAUCUUUCAGCUGGAAAAGGAGCGAGAUCGGUACAUCAAUGAAGCCAGUGACCUUACCCAGAAGGUCCUCCUGAACAUGGAAGACAUAAAAAUCCGUGAAAUGCAGAUUUUUGACUACAGGAAAAAAAUAGCUGAAUCAGAGACAAAAUUAAAACAGCAACAGAACCUUUACGAAGCUGUGAGGUCAGACAGGAAUCUGUAUAGCAAAAAUCUGGUUGAGGCUCAGGAUGAAAUAACAGAAAUGAAGAGGAAAUUAAAGAUUAUGACCCAUCAGGUAGAUCAGUUGAAAGAAGAAAUAUCAGCCAAAGAGACAGCACUUGUGAAACUACACCUGGAACAGCAGCGAAUAGAAAAGGAGAAGGAAACCCUAAAGGCCGAGCUGCAGAAGCUGAGACAACAAGCCCUGGAGACCAAACACUUUAUUGAAAAGCAAGAAGCAGAAGAGAGAAAACUCCUUCGAAUCAUCGCGGAGGCUGAUGGGGAGAGGCUGAGACAGAAGAAGGAAUUAGACCAGGUCAUCAGUGAGAGGGACGUCCUGGGGUCUCAGCUUGUUCGGCGCAAUGAUGAGUUAGCUUUGCUCUACGAGAAGAUCAAGAUCCAGCAGUCAGUGCUGAACAAAGGCGAGAGCCAGUACAACCAGAGGGUGGAGGACAUGAGAAUCCUCAAACUCGAGAUCAAGAAGCUUCGCAGGGAAAAGGGGAUUCUUGCCAGGAGUGUGGCUAAUGUGGAUGAACUCAGGCAGGAGCUUUAUCACAUGCAAAGGGAAUUCUUGAAGGAGAGGACACGGUGCCGAGCCCUGGAGGAGGAGCUGGAGAACCCCAUGAACGUGCACAGAUGGAGGAAGCUCGAGGCCAGUGACCCCAGUACCUUUGAGCUGAUACAGAAAAUUCACACCCUGCAAAAGCGUCUCAUCAGCAAGACUGAAGAGGUGGUUGAAAAAGAGCUCCUUCUUCAGGAAAAAGAGAAACUGUAUGUGGAACUAAAGCACAUCUUGGCCCGGCAGCCAGGGCCUGAGGCUGCAGAACAGCUACAGCUCUACCGACAUACGCUGCGGGAGAAGACCAAGCAGCUUAAAGUUUUGUCUUCAGAAUUGAAUAUGUAUGAAUCACAGAGCCAAGAAUAUAAGUAUGAGAUUGAGAGACUCGCCAAUGAACUCAUGAAUAUCAAGAAGAAAUACCUCGCUCAGAAACGUAAAGAACAAAUUCAGAAAAACAAGGACAGAAUACCCGUGGAUAACAUCUUCUCCAUGGUUAAACCAACUGUCCCUCGUUUUACGGGGGGCGGAUUUCCCCUCAAUAGGUCCUCCAAGGUGAAGUCCUAA